AUGGGAGUAACCGUCCCUCCUCCUGCCCCACAGGCGCCUCGAGCCGGGAGUACAGCUCUUCCGGCUUCAGUACCUGUAGCAAAAGGGAAGGGGAAGGGGAAAGGGAAAACUUCCCAGCCCCCUCCCCCUUCCCACUCCGCUCCGUCUGCGGUGGUGGUGGAGGCAUUGCCAUCGGCGUCUACGCUGAUGGCACAGGCCAACCCGCCACGGCAGUCAAAGAAAGUCCAACCUACUCCUGCUCCCCGUGGUCGCACUUCUGCUGGUGCUCCCACAAUAUCCCGUCCGACUAGCGGCAUUACGACCCUAAACAAAAAAAGGGAAAAAAACAGGAGGAAAAAGCUGAAACGGAAAUUAAGGAAAAGAGAGGAACGGGAGAAUGCAAACGGAGGCAUUCCGGUGCCUACAGUGCAGAGCUCUGCACCACAACCAACUGACCCAGAGAACAUGGAGGUCACAGAAAACUCCACUCCGGCCCAUACGAUACCAAGCCAACCAUUGCCUUCGGCCCAUUCGGCCGAUGCAACCACUACUGCCAACAUAAAUAAUUUGCCCCCCCUCCCCCCCCGCCCACAGCGCGAGCGGCGCAGCGGUCGGCAGGCCUCCCAGCCUGUCGGUUUUGCUGCCUGGUUGCUCACAUUGUGGGAGAAAUUGUCCGAGAUUAAAUGCGACUUCGCAGCGAGGCACAUCGAGUAUAAAAUUACAACAUAA